AGGAUUUCCGUAGAGUGACAGGACCUCAGCACUUCCGCAGGCAGUGCCUGUUGGAGGUGGGAGCGCUCACAAGGCAGAUGCCUUCGGCCGGGGCGGGUUGGGCAGCCCCCAGCAAUGCCCCUUCCCUCGGCUUGAGGACCAACAUGGGGCUGAGAGCCCUUCUGCUGCUGCCGCUCUGCUUCCCAGCUCUCCAAGCCCAAGCUCCUGAUGUUGAAGAGAGACGGCCAGAAGGAAGCACUCUGUAUAUCCAGUGUCCUUACACAGAACAGGUUGACCAGUGGAGAAAAGCCUGGUGCCGCAUGACAAAAGGACAAUGUGAGAUCUUAGUGCAGCUGAAGAUCCCAAAUUAUUACCCAUACGUAACAGAGGACACAAAGGGGAAAGUAACCGUAAAGGACAGCAGGACAUAUAGGACACUGUAUGUCACCUUGACCAACCUGCAGGCAGAGGACUCGGGCACAUAUGCCUGUGUUCACCUCAUUAACAGCUCCACUUACACUCCACUAAAGACGAUCUCACUGAAGGUUUUCAGGGCUCUCCAAGCCCGAGCACCUGAUGCUGAAGAGACACUGUUGGAAGGAAGCACUUUGCAAAUCCAGUGUCCUUACACGGCAGUGGCUGCCGAGAAGAAGAAAGCCUGGUGCCGCGUGAGGAAUGAUGAAUGUGAGCUCUUAAGAGAGACGCAAACUCUGUACAGAAACCGUUCCACAAAGCAGAAAGUUACCAUACAGGACUUCCGCCGGAAUACAAGCGUGUCCAUCACCAUGAGCAACCUGCAGGUAGAGGACUCGGGCACAUACUCCUGUGCUUACCGUUCCGACUAUUCCAGGUACAUUCCACUAAAGACGAUCACACUGAGAGUUUUCAAAGAGCUGAACAAGUCAGAGCUGGACAGGCUCUCGGUGCAGUGCCCGUACAGCGAGAUGGAGCGUGGCCGGGUGGUAAAAGCAUGGUGCCGGAGAGAAGAUCGGAAUGAGUGUAAACCCGUGGUGAGGACAGAUUUCCUUUCAUCAUGGCGCAACAUCAAAGAUCUGGAAGCUAGAUCGACAAUCCAGGAUGAUACCCAGAACAAGACCAUCAUCAUCACCGUGGAGAAGCUGCAGGCCCAGGAUACCGGCAUGUACUGGUGUGCAAUCUACAGAUACCCUGCUCCCACCUGGAUAAUGGAGAUCAGCCUCUCUGUGUCCAAGAGGACCCAGCAACACACAGCCAAGGAGAUGGACGAUGUCUCUGUCCAGUGUCGGUACAGCACCACAGACUAUGGGGCUGUCAGUAAAGCCUGGUGCAAAGAGGGAGAGAGGGAAGCAUGCACCUUACUGGUUACCACGAAUCUGGAGCGCUCUGGGAACCCUCAGGCACUUCAGCAAGACAGAGUCAGGAUCCAGGAUGAUACCCAGCAGGGGAUUGUCACCAUCACCAUGGAGAAGCUGAAGGCACAGGACUCUGGCAUCUACUGGUGCGCGCUUGAUGAAAAGGGUCAGCUUUUCCGGAUGGAGGAGGUUUCACUCAAUAUUUCUGAGGCAUUGCCUGAAACCACUCUGUCGAACAGCAGUCAAUCAGUGCCUCCUGGCAGCACCCCAGCACCAAGCUCAAACGUAAACACCUUCAUCCUGCUCUCUGUGGUCCUGAGCAUCCUGUUCAUCCUGGCACUCAUCAGCUUGAUCACACUGUGCAUCAGGUGGCGCAAGCAGCUGAAGAGAAGAGGUAACAGACAAGAAGAGGACACCUAUUGCAAGCCACAGGACACAACACAGCUUAAUGGCAGCGAAAGAAGGGAAAGUCUUAAGGAUGACAGCAAAGACCUAAAAUACGCUACCCUGGUCUUUAAACCCCAACCCAGCCCUGAGAAUUCUCUCUACUGUAACGUUGAACCCAGUCAGGCUCACAGAAAAUCCAGUGAUGAAUAUGUGGAAUACGCUGCCAUUGCACUCAAGCAGUUACCAACAAAUGACAAAGGAUGAAGCAAGGAAUACUAAACCAGUACAGAAAUGGGAAAAAGGAACUGGAAUACAAAGUGGGAAUGGGGACUAGAAGGUUUGUGGAUGGACACUGAGGAAAGACUUCAGUUUUUGCUGCCAUGUGAAUGUUGCCUAUGCAUCUUAAGACCUCCCUCCUUUUAGAGGUCAGUAGAGAGUUUUGCUGCAAGUGUGCAGAUUCUUUCAGGUCAGACAAAGGUUAUUCUCCAGAUCUUUUGCAUAUCUGCUUUCUUCAAUCCCAUUAAAAUACAGACUCUUUUGAA